AUGAAAAUUUUUAUUAGUCUGAUUACAACACAGACUAUUUCAACAAUUAUAGCCUUUACAGAGUUUGAAGAACCAAUAGAAAUUAUAGCAUUAGCAUUAGAGCUCACUGGUAUUGUGGUGUUGCUUCUGCUAAAUAAAUUUAAUCUUCCUGAGCUUUUAUAAAGGACAAUGCUGUUGGGUUAAGCAAUCUUAAUUUUCGUUUUGAUGCCGAAUUCAUAAUAUAAAUAUUUUACAGGGGCAUAUCACAUAAUAGUUCGUUUAACAGCCUAUCAAUAAAUUUCCCGACUAUUAAUAAUAGAAUGGUCAGGUAUAUACUUCACAAAUAUAAAAAAUAGUUUUACUACUCAUUAUAUUUAUAUUUGGAACUGAGAUAGAAAUACAUUAAAUUUUUCGUAGUAUAUUUACUUUUCUUGGUUUAUUGAUUAUCCAAGGCUUCAAUCUUUAUGCAUAAUUUGAAAAAGAUCAAAAGAAACCACAAAUCAUGAUCCACUCAAGAAUUUAAUAUACAGGGUAUGAUUCGAACCCUAGAAGCUUAACUGAAAGAAUAACAGAUCCUAAUUUCUCAAUAAUAUAUCUGGAUGAUUAAUUUAAUGUAAUAGGAUGCGAGAGAUCAAGUUCAAUUCUUAACAAUAUGGAAAACGGUUUGUAAUCAAUUUUACGUGAUUUAAUUGUCAAUAAAAUUGACUCUUAUUCUAAAUCUAUACUCUAAUGGAAGAGCUCAGGAUGUUCUCUACAAAAUUUAUUAGAUUAAAUUAGAGCUAACAGAAUACCAAUGAUAAUUCAAAUUCUGGAUUAUAGCCAUCCAUAAUUAAACAACCACUUUAUAAAAAUUAUUUAUUAACGUGAAUUCUAAAUCUAAUUAUUAGAAUUAGAGGAAAGAGACAGAUAUUAAAAAUAGAAAUAUAUAUUUGCCAUUUUGAAAUAAUUGUUAAGUACAAUGUCUCAUGAAUUUGGAACUUCCUUAAAUUAUUUAUUGGCCAUAGCCUAAGUUGCAAUUGAAAAAUACACUGAUUCUGAACUACUUUCAUAUUUCAUGCCCAUUAAAUCUAUGGGAUUGAUAAUGCAUAAUUUUGUCUUAGAUAUGGUUGAUUAUAAUAAUAUUCAAGGCAAGAAGCUAGAAUUACAAUUAGAAAAGAUAGAUGUAAAAUUUUAUAAUAACAUAGAUCAGUUAAUUGUUGGAAGAAGUAAUGAAUAUCUUUUUCCAUACUCUCUAACAAAAAGGACUCAAAAUUACAUAUGAAAUCUUCUUAGCUGAGAAAACCAUCUUAACUGAUGGAAGAAGACUCAAAUAAAUAUUAAUAACAUUGAUUCAAAAUGCUUAAAAAUUUACUUUCUCGGGAGGUAUCAAAAUAAUUGUAAAAUCAAUUGAUUAAAAUAAAUAUGUUUAAUUUGAAAUCGAUGAUACUGGCAUAGGAAUGACUAAAGCAGAAAUUGAUAGUCUUACUGAAAUGCUUAAAUAUGAGUAUAAAUAGGAGAAAAAGAUCUCAAAUAACACCGCUGGAUUUGGAUUAGGCAGUUUCUUAUGUAAUAAAAUAGCCAUGAGUUUAAGCAAUCUGAAAUACGAAGAAGGAGGUGGCAUUAGAUAUUAUAGCAGUUCAGAUAUUAAAGGCACAAAAGUAAUAUUCAAAAUUAUAAAUGAACCUUUCAGUCUCACUUAUACUCUUACUGCACCAUAAGAUAAUUCCAGUGGAAUAAUAAAAGUAGGAAGGAAUGCGGUUAUUGAUAUCAAACAAUCUUAGAUUGAGUUUGGGUUAAGUGCUCUCAAAAUUCCAUUUAAUAAAAAGUUUAGCACAAUAAUGGUGCCCAAGGUAAACAGUUUCCAUGAUGAUCCUGUAAAAGAACAUUUUAUGAAGAAACUCACUACUAAGGAUAAAUUGGGGACUCUUUUCGGAAUAUAAAUGUAACAUACUAAAAGGGAUUAAGACAGUAUUAAUGAGGAAACAAAUGAAGAGGACUAUUAAAGAAGACUGCAAUUUUAAAAUAUCAGAUUAUCAACUCUUCCAUAAUAAAAUAAAUCCAGUAAGUAAUGUUCUUAUGAUGAAAUUGAUAAUGUUAUUGUUAAUUGUAAUUGUAAAUAGAUUCUAAUUGUUGAUGAUGAGAUGAUUAAUAUCCUUGGGUUGCAACUUAUGCUAAAAUCAUUCAAUUUAGAAUCAGAUUCCUCUUAUAAUGGCCAAGAAGCACUUGUUAAAUUGGAAUAAGGUAAAUAUUGAUUCAUACAUAUGACUAGCUCAUUGUUAAUAUAGUUUUAUUUUUAUGGAUAUCAAUAUGCCAAUAAUGGAUGGAUUUGCUACUACAAGAGCCAUAAUUGAGAAAUAUAAAAAUGAUGCUCCUAUAAUUAUUGCUUGCACUGCCUUCACUGAUAGCGAAACAAAAUAAUAUUGUUAUGAGUUAGGUAUGUCUCAUUAUAUAAGCAAACCUGUCAAUAAAAAUGAAUUACAAAAACUUCUAUGUUAUCUUAUUAAUUGA